AAUUGUAUUAAUUUUAUAAUAAAAUACUGCCUGCCUCAAGCUCUGCAUGUCAGUCUGGGACAUCAAACCAGAUUUAUAUUUUAUUUUGACAUCCCCUGGAUGUCAGACGGCAACUUAGGAUUCCCACGCGUUAUUUACACUGAUCGGUCUAUUGGCGUUGUCAUCGCAGUUUGACAGAGAUUAUGAGAACUUCUGUCUGUAGAUAGAACCAACAAAAUGAAGAAGUCUUCACCACAUUCAAAUCGAACACCCAACGAUACUUCAAGUUUACAGAAUGUGACACCUAUAUACAGAACACACCUGACCAAACUAAAUACUAUUAUUGAAAUUUCUGAAAGACUGAUCGAGUCACAAACCAAAUCAAUUAAUGACAUUGUCUCUAAUUGUUCUAAGAUAUGCAGUGGUUGUGAAUUUCACUGCAUGAAAAUCUUAGAUACUUGUAAUCAGAUGGUGUCAGAUACUUUAAAUAGUAGCUACACUGUUAUAAACAUGUGUCAGGCGUUUAAUAUAGAAUCAGACAUGUCAUCGUCUUCAUCAAGAGACAUAGAUAAUAUUCCUAAGAGAGGAAGAAAACCUAAACCUGCUAAAAGGCAUGUCAAGACUUCUGCAGCAAAUCCAUCGGUUUUAAUAAACCCUGGUUCUGUGGUGGAACUUGGCAGGAAUUCUGCUAGAAUGGCAUUUGAUGUAUGUGAACAAAAUGUAAUAAUUGAACCAACUAAAAUAAAAGUAGAAAAAAAUGUAACUGAAGUAAAAGUAGACCAGAAUGUAGCUAAAGUAAAAGUAGAAGACAAUUUAACUAAAGUAAAAGUAGAAAAAGAUCAUUGUCCAUCAAGUGAGGAUGAAAUCAUUGAUGUGGUGUCCGAAGAACCUCAUUUAAUGAUGGAGAGAAAUGAAAUAGAAGGAAGACAGAUCAGUUCAGAAGUGGAAAACCAUUCUGAAGACAAGACUGAAGAUCAUGAAAAUAGAGAUGAGGAAAGUGAAAGUAGCUUUGAAUUGUCUGAUAGUGAUGCUUUAGAAUAUGAUGAUAAUGUAGAUGAUGAUCCUGAUUGGGACGCGGAAAAACAAGUAGAAGAUGAAAAUGAUUCAGAGUUUACAUGUUCAGUUUGUACCAAGACGUUUAACAAUAAGAAAUCGUAUAAAAGACACAGACUGUCGCAUCAAAUACAAAACAAUACCAAAGAUUAUGUAUGUGAGGUUUGUGAUGAACGUUUUGACAUGAAACAUAAACUGAAAACCCACAUCUUGUCCGAAACAGAUAAAGAUCAUUUUAAACUUCAUGUGGCAAAGAAUUCAGUGAAAGUUAAAAGACAGUGUGAAAUAUGCGGUAAGCAAUACGGAGACAUGCGUUAUCUAGAACGACAUCUAAAAAUCCACAGCGGAGUGAAAGAAUUUGCAUGUGAACUCUGUGAUUACAAGGGUUAUUCGAAUGAACACCUGUCGAAACAUAUGAUCCGUCACACAGGGAUAAAAAAAUACAUAUGUCAUCAUUGUGGAAAGCGAUUUCCCAGAAAUGGAGAAUUAAUCAAACAUCUUCGAUCUCAUACUGGUAUUAGGGCCUUUAAGUGCGAUCAGUGUCCGAAAAGUUUUGUUCAAAGUAACUAUUUAGCCCGUCAUAGAAAGGUUCAUAUUGUGGAGAUGCCAUACGCAUGUGAAAUUUGUGGGAAACGUUCUCGUCAAGCGUAUAAUAUAACGGUUCAUAUGAGAACACAUAAUGGUCAUAAACCGUUCUCUUGUGAACUUUGUGGUAACAAGUUUGCACAUAAUGUUUCAUUGAGACAACAUAAAAAAUCUUGUCAUGGUGAAAUGGUCAACAAAGCUGGUGGAGACGUGUGAAAUUUGUAGAAAGUGUAUAAUAUAACUAUAUACACAAGAACACAUACUUGUCAUAAACCAUUCUCUUGUGGACUUUGUGGUAAUGUACCAUUGUGACAUGUGAAUAUUACACAUCGUAACAUAAUAUUAGGGAUAGACAUAAACAUAAAUUACACUCUUGACAGACAUAUGAUAUAACUGUUCAUAUGAUAAAACAUCAUGAACAUAAACCAUGCUUUUUUGAUAUUUGUGGUAAAAAAAUCUUGUCACGAUGAAAUAGUCAGCAAGGCUGGUUGAGCCCUUGGCAUGUUGAAACAACAUAAAAACCUUGUCAUGGUGAAAUAGUUAGCAAGGCUGGUGGAGACCUUGUCAUUGUGAAAUAGUCAGCAAGGCUGGUGGAGACGAUGUGAAAUAAUUUGUAUUCAUCAUAACUGCAACAGUUACUAUGACGAUAGUUAAUUUGAAUUUAGUUUGAUCUCACACAAAAAUUCCCACUUAAUCCGAGAAAUUUCUAAACAUGGGUCAAAUUUCUGUACUUCCAGGAAAACCGUUUCAUGAUCAGAUAUCUCCUGGGGCAUCCUCUCUGGUUUUGUUUCUUUAUUUACCAAGUUAGAGUAUAGCAACCUUAUCCCCUUCACCACCUAUUUAUUUUCCAAGUUGGAGUAUAGUAACUCUUGCUAUUUGCUUUUGCAGCAUAUGGUACUAAGAUUCAGCAAAUUUUCUAGACUGUAUGUGAUAUUUAUAGCAACUCUACCAUCUUCAGCUUGCUAUUUGUGCAGCAUAUGGUACUAAGAUAAUAAGCUUCAGAUAGAUUCAGCAAAUUUUCAGGCCUGUAAACAAUGACUUUAGUUAUUUCUACUGACGUUUAAAAAUUUCUGCAGGAUGUGUAAUCAAAAUAUCAAUAAAAAUAUGAGAAAACAAAAACAAUUUAGUGGUAGACAAUUAAAAGGACAAUCCCCAGAGGAUGUCUCACCCCAAUUGCAAACAAAUAUUAUAGGAUUUUGAAGAUCGCAAAUAUAGGUGACACCAAAAUAUGGCCUUUUUAAAAACCGCAAAGUGUCAUAUUCCCACUUUCUUUUGGGCAUUUAAAAAAAUUUAAAGGACAUUAUGGGAGAUUAGAUAAAGAGCUGACAGUUCUCGCUAUAAUAGUUAAAAAAUAGAUACCGUAAAGAGAAUAUUCUGAAAAUUUCAGUCAAAUUACUUCAGUCUCAGCCGAGAAAACCGAAUUUUAAAAACAUUGUAGCCUCGGUUUUCAUUGUUACCAUUGUUACGAUAAUAAACAAAGUCUUGAUUAUCCAUUUUUACGGUUAAUCAUGAAAAGCUGUUUGGAUUCAUAAGGAAUUGCGGUUAAUGAUUUAAAUAAUAAAUGGAUACUGGAGACUUUCUUUACUAUCGUAAUGGUAGCAAUUCAAUUGAGACUCCGCUAUUCUCCAAACAGCCUUAACAUCGCUCAGAAUGAAGUAAUUUGACUGGAAUUUUCAAGAUAUUCCCUUUUCAUUAUUUAGAUUUUAAAUAUUAUAGUGAGAACUGUCAGCUCUUUAUCUAAUCUUAUACGUAAUUCAUCUUUAAUAAUGGUAUUAUUCAGAUCAGUGCUAGUAGUAGUACCGGUAGUAUUAUAUACAUUAUGUUGUAUUAAAGAAAUUUUUUGUUUUGUUA